CGCUCCCGGUUUUCACGUGACGCGAUCCCGCGUCUUCCCGAGGCGACGUCAUCGGUCCGCCUUAGAAACCCUGGAGAAGACACGGGCGCAAGAUGGGUUUGCUGUCAAUUCUGCGAAAGCUGAAAAGUACUCCGGACCAGGAGGUUCGUAUUCUGCUUCUUGGUUUGGACAACGGUGGAAAAACCACUUUACUCAAACAACUGGCAUCAGAAGAUAUUAGCCACAUCACCCCAACACAGGGUUUCAAUAUCAAGAGUGUGCAGUCUCAGGGUUUUAAACUAAAUGUGUGGGACAUUGGUGGACAGCGUAAAAUCAGGCCGUACUGGAGGAACUACUUUGAAAAUACUGAUCUUCUAAUUUAUGUCAUCGAUAGUGCAGAUCGCAAGAGGUUUGAAGAAACAGGACAGGAGCUGGCGGAGUUAUUAGAUGAGGAAAAGCUCAGCGGGGUUCCAGUUCUUAUCUUUGCAAAUAAACAAGACCUGCUUACUGCAGCGCCUGCAUCUGAAAUUGCUGAGGGAUUGAACCUGCACACCAUUCGGGACAGAGUGUGGCAAAUCCAGUCUUGUUCAGCUCUCACUGGAGAGGGCGUCCAGGAUGGCAUGAACUGGGUCUGUAAGAGUGUAAAUGCGAAGAGGAAGUAGAGCUGCAUAUAUUUCCACUGCAGUCCCUCCAGGAAAGGCAGUGUGUACCUCUGAAUGUACAAACAAUGCAUCCAUACAGCUCCGAAACACAAAAAAUCUUUGGAUAAUUAAGACACAUCACUGAGGAAAAAAAAUUGCGUUUCACAUUUGCCUCUCCCUUGAGGCCUGCUGUGCUCAAAGAAAAUUUGCACAAGGACCUCAAGCCUAUUUUUAUACUCUAAACCCCCAGAAUUGUUCUUUAAUAAACAUGUUUGCCAUUAUAACAUUUUAUGAUCAACAAAUGUAUCAGUGUGUCCAUUAAAAAAUUGUUAGAGUAAUGGUUAGGCUUUUUUGAAGCAACAAAUUCUGCCUUCAUAUUGUAGAAUACAUCAUUCAAGGUUUUGCACUGAAUGUCCAAAUACAGAAAUUGUGGAAUCUGAUACUGUGACAUAUUUAUGUUUAAAAUUAUAAUCUACAUAUUCCAUUCCUUUUUACCGAACCACAAGCCUUGCUUUAUAGUAGGUUAUGUUUGUGACUGAUGUUUCUGUCUAUGAAUGACAUGAAGUUCAUGUUGCUCCAUCUUUCAAUGUAAUAUUUUUGACAAUAUUGUUCUUUUUCUGAGUAUAUUUUUGUAACAUUUAUUAAGAGUGUAGAAUGCUUUAAUAUUGCUUUCUGUGUUCCAUAGAAUAGCAGGAAAGGUUGUUGUGUCCAAAUCCAGAAUAAAGAAUUAUAUGUAAACAUCCGGGAAGUAUGGGAAAUGCAUUUUAUAAUUUGCUGUAAUCAUGUGGAAGUAGGCAAAAUAUUUUCUGUAAACACCUGGAAUGUUUGUUUCAGGUUGAAUUAUGGUGGCACAUAGAUUUGGAGUCUUACAGUUAUUUUGUGUUUGAUUUGAGUCUGUCUGUUGUAUGACUGAAACAUCACAGUAAAUAUUGGAAAACAACA